GCCAAAUAUACUACGCUCUACUGUACUCUACUCUCUCUCGCUCUUGGGCACUGUGCUGUGAAUGAGAUGUAUUUUUGAUUGGUGAAUUCUAACGAUCAUGUCAAGUAGGAUAACGCAGCAAUGGCUAACAUUUAGCCGAAUGUGGUACCUUGUUGAUGCAUACAAGCAACCACCCGGUAGACUGGCAAGCUUGGUAACACCUUUCCUGACAGGCAAGAACAAGCCCAUCUACCAUCCCCUAAGUGAUGUUGGAGACCACGUUGUUAUCAUCAACACAAAGCAUGUUGCAUUCUCUAAGGAUAAAUGGAAAGAAAAAAUUUACCAUCAUCAUACAGGAUAUCCUGGUGGGUUCAGCAGCACACCUGCAUUUAAAGUACAUGAGAAAGACCCAAAGAAGAUUGUUUAUAAAUCAAUAUACGGCAUGCUACCAAAGGACUUACGGCGACGAACCAUGAUGUGUCGUCUGCAUCUGUUUGAAGAUGAUAAUAUCCCUGAAGAUAUACGAGAGAACAUUGUGGAGCAUAUCAAGGGACCACGAGAUAUUCCACGUACAUUGCGUGAGUACACACCUGAAGAACGUGCUGCCUUUCCUACGCUAUGGUAUCCAAUUGAUCCUCUGAAGAAAAGUUGAUCUUUACUUUAGAAUUCAGUCCUUAACCAAUCGUGUGAAGAUAGUUGAAUGAAUUGUCAAAAUAGGAUGCAGAUCUUCUCAAUCUACAAGAGAAUUCGAUGACAGUGGUGCUGUAACCUCUAUUACCAAAAAGAGUGAACGGUAAACUUAUGCUAAGGCUGAGACCGUACAAUGGGUUGUCAGCAGGCACUAGGAUGCACAGGAUUGUCAGAACUUGUUUGGGGACGGUUUUAUCAGAACAUAGGAUACAGUAUGAUACGAUAGAACUUUAUUGUCACAACGGUAUAAAUACAGCUAUGAGAUAUGGAUCCUUAAAUACACUAAUAUUAGUUAAUAUAGAAAAAUAAUUAAAAUACAAAAAAGUUGCACAACAGAAAUUGCUUAGAAUAAAAACACUGUACAUUGCAAGAAUUACUGAGUGUGAUGGAAAGGCAAGAUAAAACUGUACAAUGUGGUUUAUCUAUUGAACUGCAUAUUAAAAUGUCUGACUGCUGAUGGAUGGAAUGAAUGAAUUGAAACUACAUACUACUACUACAUGGAUAUGGAGGGCUUUGUCAAUCCAAUGCUUGUUAAGAGCAUGCCAAAGCCACAACACAUCGGUGGUUGUUAGUAACUUGUUUGAAUUCUGUACCUUGAAAAAUUGAUAGUGACAAUCAAACCCCCCAUAUAAGACCUAUCGGAAUUACAGUAUUUAGUUUAUAACAUUUUAACGUUGAUAAAGAAAGCAAGAGCUAUCGAAAUAUCCAUUCUAUUAUAUUUUAUUUUAAUAAAUUUGUGUUCCGCAAGUCGACCUUCAAUGAUGGUACAUUGUCUUUUCAUUAUUUUUACAUUUUAUUUUACUUGGAGCACACAUGCAAAUACACUCUUCAAUAGUUUAUAACAUGUACUGUUUCUCUAUCAUUGAAGGGCGCCCUCACUGAUCACAUAGAAAUGCGGUUUAAAGAGAACUGUAGGCAUUUACCAUGUUCUACCAGCUAUACACUGACUAUUAGUUUAACUCAUUUCUUAGUUGUAAUAUGAUAGUUUACUCUGAUUAUCGUGACUGGUGUGAGCAUUUAUAUUGCGCCUUUUCUUUGCAGUCAUUUUGAAUUCUUAUUAAAUAUUUGUCAAAACACUUAAUUUAAGGUGCAAAGUUUUCAUUAAAUGUCGCAUUGUAUCAAAGUCAAUGGAUUAUAUCAUACAGUUACAACAGCGUAUUCGAGUCAUGUGAUUACUGUAUAUGGAACAGUUACAUUUUAUAUGAUAUUUGAAAGAGGAUGUUGUACCGAUGAUCAUGCCUGCGUAGCCAAGGGUCCCAGAAAGAGUUAAAUUUUAGCCCCCCCCCCCACCUUGUAAAAAUCAAAGUGGUAACUAAAUACAGUAUGGUGCUCACCCCUCCCUAAAUUUUCUGGAGAUGCAUGAAAACUUAUUUGAUCUACUUAAAAUUCAGUGACGUCAUGAUAUCAAAUUAGGACACUAUCAAAUAAAUAUUUUAAGUCUGAGAAUGGAAUUUCUGGGUAGCCUAUUUAGUGUUGUUACAUCAUUGAUUUUUUUUCUCCUCAGUCCCAAUCA